CAGAUAAAUGCUGUAACUCGACACACCCUUUAUCAUUUCACCUCCUUCAGCUCCAAGUCAAAAUGCACCUUAUUGUACCCAUCCUCGUGAGCGUGCUUCUUCCCAAAGCAUAUUCACUCAYGUGCUUUGAGUGCARKCCAGGAGUAUCAGGAGAAUGCACCGACAAGCAGACUGACUGUCUUAAUCCAGCCCAAUGUGGAAYCUCGCGGAUCAUAACCUAUAUGGGUGAUAAAAAAUUAUUGGAUAUCAACGCGAAGUCUUGCGCGGUGCCUGCUGAGUGUCUCAGUGCAGCASUGAACUUCGGAAUCACGCGCACAACGAUCGCCAGCAAAUGCUGCAAUACGGACCUCUGCAACUCCCAAAGCGUCCCUGAGUCCACUAAAGCCCCUCCUAAUGGCAAGACAUGCUUCACCUGUACCGGAACGGACUGCACGAGAACUCUGAGCUGCUUGGGAGAGGAGGACCGCUGCAUCUCAACAACAGUGAACACGGGUGGCGAGAAGAUAACAAUGAAGGGAUGUGUCUCCAAGAGCAUCUGUGUGGGAGACYUGUCASYAGCACUGGGGRCKYCCAUGGGCAUMGACAUGAAGUGCUGCGAGGGCAACCUGUGUAACAACGCCCAGAGCAUCGGACUGAGUCUCCUGCUCCUGGUGACAUCCAUGGUCUCUGUCACCCUGUUCUACUGAGAGACACUGUGCCUUCACCUCCUUACCUCUCCUCCUCUCCUAGGCAUUGCCUCGUUCUGUUUACUAGUUCCAUC